UUUUAAUUCGACUAGAGUAAGGCUCCCUACCAUUCAAGGUAAACCGUGUUACCAAAACUGCUUUCUCUGUUUUACCUCACUGGCGAAGUCAUCCGAAGUCAGUCUACCUUGCCAUUACUUGGCUACCUGUUAUUCUUUGUUUGCGGUUUAUGAUGAUUUUGGAACAUAACCUUUUUUGAAAGCCUGUUUCUAAUUCAAGAUGAUUGUGGGGGACUAUGUUUUGGAUCUGUGCAAUGUUUUUUACUCCGGACAGGUUGAAUCGGGGUCAUGUUUCCAAAGGAUGUUAGGGAACAUCAAAACAGGAAUCAUUUUGAAAGAUGUUUCGAUGACAGUCCACUCUGGAGAGGUGCUGGCAGUUUUGGGGUCUAAAGGAAGCGGGAAGAAAGCUCUUCUGGACGUAAUAUCCCGUCGAGCCCGUGGACCAAUCAGAGGACAAAUACUUUUGAAUAACCAACCAAUGAGUUUAUGCCUGUUCCAACAAAGAUGCGGUUAUGUGACUCACAAGUGUGACCUUAUUCCUGGUCUGACAGUAGCCCAGACACUGUAUUAUACACCAACAAAGAUUUCUGGAUAUUUAAAGAAGUCAAAGGUAAAGCAAGUUAUGGCAGACUUAGCGCUAUCUCAGGUGGCAAACAAGUGCACAGAAGACUUGACAUUGAGUGAAUAUCGAAGAUUGACGAUCGGCAUACAACUGAUUAAAGAUCCAGUGAUCCUUCUACUCGACGAGCCAACCUGGGAUCUAGACCCUUUGAACACAUACCUCGUUGUCUCAAUCCUGUCUAACGCUGCAAAAAAGUAUGGGACAGCAAUGAUCCUUACCAUGGAGAAGCCCAGAUCGGACGUCUUCCCAUUUUUGGAAAGGGUUCUGUAUUUGUGCCUAGGAGAUGUGGUUUAUACUGGUGGUACCAGACAAAUGCUGGAGUACUUCAACGCCAUUGGAUUUCCUUGUCCUCAGUUGGAGAAUCCGCUUAUGUAUUAUUUAUGCCUUUCGACAGUGGACAGACGAUCUAGAGAGCGCUUCAUGGAAAGCAAUCAUCAGAUUUCACAGUUGGUGGAAAAGUUCAAAAUUGAGGGUGGGGCAUUCAGGAAGAGCUCAAACAUCGCAGGAGCAAACUCUACCAUCAACCAUGCCCUUGGUCAUGGGAAUAAGAUACCUCUGUUGAUAGGAAAACCUAGUUCAUGUUCUACAGGUUGGAAUAUUUAUAUGAGAUUAUUGUCUGCCACAGUUAGCUUCAAAAAAGCUGGAAUAAAGCAAACGUUCUUGAGGUUAUUCCUGGUUCCUCUUUGCUUCCUCUCACUCUGGACAUUCUACAGAGAAAUGCAGAAUUUUCAGCGUACCUAUAUCACCCGCAGUGGCUUAGUAUUAAAUUGUCUAAUGUGUGUUUAUCUCCUAGGCAUAACCAACGCCAUUUUAUUGUAUCCGACGUACCGCACCAGAUAUUACCAGGAGUCCCAGGAGGGACUCUAUGGAGGAACUUUAUUUCUCUUAACCUACAAUCUCGUUUCUAUACCGUUCUCGUUCAUAUCGGUACUUGCUGGGGCAGCUAUUGUUUAUCCGUUAAUAGGAAGUUUUGAUACGCCGAUAGAGUUCAUUUGUUUUGCAUUAGUACUUUGGGCGUGCUACUUGUUCACGGAACAGCAAACCAUGGCCAUUUUGAUGAUAGUCAAGAAUUAUUUGACUGCUGCUGUAUUCAGCAUCUACAUCACAUGCGUCUGCGUUACAUUAGGCAGCGGGAUAUUGAGGUCCAUCAAAAGCCUCCAAGAUUGGCUGUACUACGCCACGUAUGCGACUCAAGUCCGCUACGCCUCAGCCUACCUGAACAAGAAAGUGUUUAGCAACCCACUCUUGAACCAGCCUUUGCCCUAUGAUUUCCAACACAACUGCUCAAGUCUCAAUCCGGAGAUUUCACUGCGAGAUGCAGUGACAAAUCCGUUUUGCAGGUAUUUCAACGGCCAUGCGUUUCUGACGGAGAGGUACACGAGGGACCAUGCGGAUCCUUUCAACAGGAUUUGGGAUGAGGAUUUCAAUAUAGGGAUUACGUUUGCUUUUACUGUUGGAAUUAUUCUGUUUAACGGGUUUUUGUAUUUGAUACCCUUACCAUCUUUUGUCAAGGCAAGGUUCAGAGAAUGAAGUGUUUUCUACGAGUAUGAGGAUUUGAAAACAGCUCUUUCCGAAAAAUCUAAACAUGACUCUUUUAUGUAACCUCAACCUUGUCAAUUGAAUGAUAAACAUGUUAACCUAAAAAUUUAUAUCUCACCUUCAGGAUAAGAAUAGCUGAAAAUUACGCAUUGCUCAAUAUCUUAUCGAGUAUUUAUCUCAAGCUGUUUUUUUCACUGUUUGGUGGCAACCUUGCAUUGAAUAGGCGACAGAUAACUUUAAGGUAAGGGCGAGUGUAAUGAGUAUGUAUACAUGAGCACUAGAUGCAAUUAAGGCCUCAAUGUUUGUGGUGGUUGUGGUUGUAUUUGACUAAUUAGAUUGUGUGUAUAAUCCUGAAAUGCACCAUAGAGGCAUUUGUCACUGAGAUUAACUUUAAAUGAUUGUUAUUCAGUAUAUUUAUGAUGUUGGCGU